AUGGCGACAAAUCCAACCAUCUCUCUCGACUCAGCCGUCGAUCUUCUAACAUCAGCGCUGCAAGAUCCCGCCAAAACCAAUGUCUGCGCCGUGGGGCUGGGACUUGCUGCGGACCGCAUUAACAUAGCGCUCGAGGGAUGUACGACCAUCGCUGCCAGGAUCAAGAUCGUGAAAGCUUACCCCCAGCUACUCAGAGCCGGCAUCAAGUUCCUCACAUUCAAUCAGCCUCUUCCAGGCCAUGUCGCGAUGGUUAAUCAUUUGAAUACUUGCCGAUGCGACUUGUGGUGCUCGACGGCAAAACGUAAUCAUCAGCCCAGCAGGCCCCGACCCGACGGGCAAGUCAAGGUACACAACAUCGACCUCUUAUUUGAUGCAGUAAUCGCUGUCAGCAAUUGCCUUAUCCUUGCCCUUUCCGAUCGAACACAACACAAGUUUGACACCGGAAACGUAGAUAAUGGCGAGAAGCAUUGGCCACAAGGCCCCGAUGACCUACUUCCCAAAGGACCCAAGGACGCUGUUCUUGGACUAGAGCUCUGGGUUGCAAAUGUGUCCUAUGGAGAUGUCAUCUUCAAGUUGGCUGGCUGCUUAGCUUUAUUUUACGACCCGUUCGCUCGAGAAGUCCUCCAGUAUCUGCACUUUCGGUUUACUCUCGCUCGACCUUUUGGACAUCUUGAGCAUGCCAUCAAGUUUUACAACGAAGGUGACCCCUCCCCCCUCGCCCGUACCCUUUUCUUCCAAUACUCAGUCACAACUAUAUUCGAUUUUUUUGACAAUCUCAUAAGCUGCGACACUGUUCGGUUCAACAUACUGCUCAUGGCACGAGGUCGUGAGGUCGGGGCUUCGCCUGUUCUUGCACGUCUUACGACAAUCUCGUCCACUCUGCCUCCGCAAGAAUGGAGGAAGACCUGCCGUCUGGUGCACUUCAUGGGUGCUUACAUCAAUGCGGACAUGGAUCCAACCACAGGAGUCAGACUCGUAAAAUUCGAAUGA